CUCGUUUACUCUUUCAGAGGAAGUCACUUCACCAUUUCUCCUGGACUGCGAUAUCGCCAUGAGCUCUGAGAAAACCCCGCUCUUCCACGUUGUGACCAAGCCUCGCAAAGCCAAGGCCAGCUCGAAAUUGGUGCUGUAUGCCGUUGGGGUCCUCGGUGCGUUGGCGACUGUCGGCACGAUCUUAACCAGUCAUCAAUCGUCGACUGCACUCGUGGCUCCAGUGUCCAACUUGGCGGUGGUGAACAACUCUGUGUUUUGCGACGUCACCAAGCAGCAGUCUGGGUACAUCAAACUGCCGCACAAGGUGGACGACAAGUACUUUUACUGGUUCUUCGAGUCGCGUUCGAACCCCGAGACGGACCCGCUGGUGCUGUGGCUCACGGGUGGUCCUGGAUCGUCGUCCAUUUUCGCGCUCUUGACUGAAAACGGCCCUUGCACUAUCGACGCCGACUUGAACACGGUGCGAAAUCCGCAUUCCUGGACCAACCAUGCCAACGUGAUUUGGCUGGACCAGCCCACGGGUGUGGGUUUCUCGGUCGGCGAUGACAAGGACGACGACCACAACGAAGAGGAUGUGGGGCGCAACAUCUACGGCUUCCUCCAAGGGUUUCUGAAGAAGAACCCCAAGUUCAAGUCCCAUCCGUUCUUCAUCACAGGCGAAAGCUACGGGGGCCACUACGUGCCGUCCGCCGCCCACUACAUUUUGAACCAAUCGCCCGAUAACGAUGACGUGCAUAUCAACUUGAAGGGCAUUUCCGUGGGCAAUGGGCUCACAGACACCGUGACUCAAAUUCCGUACACUGCCGAUAUGGUCGACAACGCGUACAACAUCACGUUGGUGCCCCCGGCCGAUGUUCCUGCGUUGAAAGAAGCGGCCAAAGCGGUAGGGAAACUAGUUGAGGCAUGCCAGUCGCCUGUAAACGAAACCCAAACGUGCCUUCGAGCCGUGGAAGCAUGGAGCGAGCUUGCAAUCGAUCCAUUGACCAGGGACUCCAAGCGCAACCGGUACGACAUCCGCGAAGACUGUACGAACGGCUGCAUCGACCGUAUGAAGAACGUCCUCGCGUUUCUGAAUUCGCCCGCCGUCCAAGCCAAGCUCCACGUCAACAAGACUUGGGCGUUAGCGUCCCGCCGAGUGUCCCAGGACUUUUCCGUCGACUUUAUGAAGAACUACGUGCAGGUCGUGCCCGGGUUGCUGGCGGGGGGCGUCCGGGUCCUCAUCUACGCAGGAGACGCCGACCUCAUGUGCAACUGGAUCGGCAACGAAGCGUGGACCAAAAAGCUCGACUGGCCCGGCAAAGCUAGUUUCAAUGCCGCUCAAGUCAAACCGCUCACAGUCAACGGCAAGAACGGCGGCCAAGUCCGAUCCAGCCGAAACUUGAGCUUUGUCCGCGUGUACAACGCCGGUCACAUGGUGCCCACCGACCAACCGGAAGUGUCGCUCGCACUCAUCAACCGAUUUUUCAACCAUUUUCCCUUGGACAAGGAACACCCAAGCGUCUAAAUCUGGGCGAUUUGGGCAAGAAAUAUGCAUCGUAGUCGUGUUGUACAUUGAAGUAGUUUGGUUUCCAAUGGCGUUCCAUGCCACCAAGUUUCAACGUAAUAUCAUGUUGCUUUGGACUGUGUCCAGUGUGUAGGCCA